AUGAUCGCACUCGUACACUUUGAACAAUCGGACUAUGCGGUCUAUCUUCAUCCUGAAGAUAAGCGCGGUUAUCGUUCUAUUGUCCGAUUGAUCAAUAACGACCGAGCGAUCUCAAUAAUCAAUCGAGAUUAUACUUCUGCAGAAAGAAUUGGUCUUGCCUUAACCAUGGCUUUAGUCACAGAAGUCUAUACCCGUAUUGUUCCAAUCGCUCAAAAUGUAGUUACGGGAAAUAAUGCCCGUUUGUUUGAUUCAAAAACGGGCAUCAUCCAACUAGGUACUCCUCAAGAACCAAUUUUUCUUCAUGGUCAUGUGUUUGGAUGCGGCAACCCAGAAGGAAAAUAUAUUGACGACGUUCAACUGGAUGGUCCUAUUCUUGGAUCACUACUUUUCGAUAUGAACGCUACGUCUCAGCAAGAAUCAGAUCACGAUAAACAAGUAUCUUGGAAAUCAGACGAAAUGAAUAAAGUGGUUCGUAGAUUAGAAACUGAAAUUGAAAACAUUCAUGAUGCUUACAAAGUUCACGGACUAACCAUCAUUACCCGAAACAUUUUCAUCGAUAUCUACAUAGUAAGACAUGGCGAAACGGAUUGGAAUACUCAAAAAAGACUUCAAGGACAUACAGAUAUUCCUUUAAGUGUGCAAGGCAAACAACAAGCUGGCCAACUUCAGGAAAAGUUUGCUGGCAUUUAUUUUUCAAAAAUAUUCUCAUCCGAUUUGAUACGGGCGCGUUCAACUGCUGAAUUAAUUCUUAGUUCAAACAAAUCAACUAUUAUUGAAACGCCACUUCUCCGAGAAAGAUGCUUGGGAACAUGGGAAGGACGUUUGGCUGGCGAAUUAAAAUCGUACUUGGAACAAACUGUCGAUCUUAACAAUUUCACACAAGAAGAAUAUUUAUUGUUUAAAUGGGACGAUACUGCUGAAAGCUAUUCUGAUGCGUAUCAACGAAUACAAACUUUUAUCCGUUCCAUUGUAUUUUCUCCACCGAUAAGUGAUGAUCCCAUUUUACUUUCUAGUCAUGGCGGUAUCUUGCGAUCCAUACUAUAUCACUUAGAUUUUCAUCCUGGUCUUUGCUGGCAGGUGACUAACUGUGCUUUUCUGAAGCUGAGAGCACGAGCAGAUGGACAAAUCACCAUUAUGGCUUCCGACGGUGUCAGAUUGAUCGAGGCAAAGGAGACCAUUUUGCCAGCUUGA